CGUGAGCGCCCGGGCAGCGACAUGAGCAUCAUAAUGGUGGCGGGCAUGCCCAACACGGGCAAGAGCUCGCUCAUCAACGCGCUCAAGAGGGCAGCCAAGCGGCAUGGGUUACUGGAGGGCGAGCAGGCGUACAACAAGACGGCGAGGGCGGGGCCGCUGCCUGGCGUCACGCUACACAUGGGCGGCUUCAAGGUAUGUCGCAGUCCGCUCGUCUACGUGUUGGAUACCCCCGGGGUGCUGUCUCCCUCGCUGCGGGACGCGGCGGUGGCCACCCGGCUGGCGCUUGCGGGGCUGGUGCCCACGGGGGGAACCACGGGAGGGCCGGACGAGGGGACGCUGCUUCGGAGCCUAGUGCAGUUGUUCAUGACGAGCCGGGAGCACCGACGGCAGCUCUGGUGCGUUGCGGAUGGCCAAAUUACACCGCCCGCGCUCGCAGCCGAUUCCGCCGCCGCCGCUGCUUCCAGAAACCGUAACGAACGAAGCGAGGGCGAGGGCGAGGGCAGCGGUGUCGACUUUGGUGCCAUGCGAAGAGAGGCUCGAGCGCUGCGUAUUGCGAGGUUGCUGUACGACGUGGUUUCGCUGCCUAGCCUGCCGCCGCCGGCGUGGCAUCCGGGGGUGGAUGAACGGGGGCAAGAUGAGG